AUGGUGACCGUGCGCGCCGAGUGGGAGAAGCUGGCCACGAAGGGCGACCUCGUCGACGGCCGCGUGGUGGUCAAGAACGCCGCCGGCACCAAGAUCCUGCUGCAGGAGUACAAGGGCAAGAUCUACGCCAUCGCCAACAACUGCUCCCACCUCGGCCUGCCCCUCCAGGGCAAGAUCCUCAAGGGCGAGGUCAACGACGGCUGCAUUGUGUGCCCGGCGCACGGCACGAACUUCGACCUGAAGACGGGCGCCGUCGUCGGGGAGUGGUGCCCCAAGCUGCCCAACCUGCCCGUCGUGGGCAAGGGCCCGAAGGAGAAGCCGCAGCCGGUGUUCGAGUGCCGGACCAAGGGCGAGGACAUCGAGGUCAUGUGCUAG